AUGCGAUCCCAGCUAGCUUUCUUCCUUGGCUUCGUGGCCCUCGUUUCGAUUGCCUUGCCAGUCACUGGUCAGGCAACGCCCCCUGCUCCGGCCACGCCGACCGCUCCUGCCUCGUCGACCACUCCAACUACUCCAACUUCUCCAACCACUCCAGCGUCACCCACCACGCCCACUUCCCCCACCCCGGCAACCGGAACCAGCACAGACUCCUCCACCGCAGCUCCCACCACCGUGUCUCCUAACAGGAAGGUGAAAGUUGUUACCCAUCACAAGAGGAAAAUCACCAGACCGAAAAGGAUCACCAAGAUCCACCACAAGUUUGGUGGCAGUGAGAACCGAUCUCAGCGGGACCGAAACCAAUCCCGUCAGAACCGUAACCGAUCGCGCCGAAACCGACCUCGCCGGAAUUAG